UUACUAAGCCGUAUCCAAUCCACUCAAGUGCGGACAAAAGACAAAUGCAUGAUCUCAUCAAGCCCCCUUAAGGCCUCCACUGAAUAGUAGGACAACCAACAGUGUGGCACUCCAUAUAUAUCCCGUCAGGCUUCUGGUCGUGCCUUGAAGCUUAGAAAGAAGUGCAACUCUUUGCCAGAAACCACUAUCUAUUUUCCCACUACAAGGUUGAUUGUGAACAUAUUGAAAAGCACUCCACGCCUUUGUAGUGACAACAACAUGGAGGACGAUGAGAAAAUGGAGUUGUUUAUCAAAGCAGGUCCAGAUAAGAAGUCCAUUGGUGAUUGUCCGUUCGCUCAUUACGUGAGAAUGGUCAUCGCUUUGAAGGGCGUGGAUUGCGAAGUGAUCCCUUUACCUCCAGACGACAAGCCCGAUUGGCUCAUCGAGGACUUUGAGGGUAAAAUGCCGGUGUUGGAUCACAAAGGCAUGCGAACGGGUGAAAGUAACGCCAUUGCAGUCACUCUAGAUGAGACCUUUCCGGAUCCGCCCUUGCGAUUCCAUGGGAAAGAAGAGACCGCCAUGAAGGCUCUGUCUGGACUUUUUCCGGCCCUGGCCAAGGUCAUUAAGAACCCAAGCUUGGACUUCAAUUCAGAAAAGGCGCUCUUGGGCCAACUUUCCGUGGCUAAUUCGUACCUCAUCGGUAAACCUAAAGGCGAUUACAUCCUCGGCGAGCAUAUUUCCUUGGCGGAUUGCUCCCUCACUCCUAAGCUCUACCAUUUGGAUGUCACACUCAGUCAUUAUUAUCCCGAUACUAGGAAGAAAAUGGAUCAAUUCCCACAACUGAAGACCUAUAUGGCCAAAAUGUUUGAAUCAGACGCCUUCAAGAAGACCAAAUACCCGCCCGAGACCUUGAUUUGGGGUUGGGACACGGCCCGAGGAAAAACGACUGGCUCUUGCAGUAUCUGAACCCGAAAGAUUCUGUCAGCAUGAUCUGCCUACGUUCUUCAUAAAGACCUUCUGAAGGCUUUUGUUCCAUUUUGAUUGGACCGUCUACAAUCUAACGCCUCGAAUGUUUCUAGUUUAAUCAUCUUAAUCGGUGGAAAAAAUAUAUGUGUAAAAUUUUGACCGUCA